CUCGACUGCGAGAGGGUCAUUUGCGCGUCGUCGGCGCGCGGGCGCAAGGCACCGCGGGGGCAAGAAACGAGCCCACGGGAGCGCCUUGCUGUGCUGUGCACGGCGGGCUGCGCGGAAGCCGGGCAACCAUGCUCCGCUUGCCUCGUGCAGCUCAUUACUCUAUCUGUGACCUGCUCUGCGCGCGCGAAUUGGCGCGUCUGAGCGGAACCGCAUCGCAGUGGUCACGGAAAGACGACCCGCGUCAUGCGGCUUUCUUUGCGUGCCUCGCCGAUCGCGUGGCGCGGGCGCGGGGCGUCGCCGCGUUCAUAGACUACGAUAGACCAUGGGGUACCAUGUAUCUCGUGCCCGAAAAGACCAUUUCCUCAAUGCUCAAUUAUCUCGAGGCCGUCGAGCGCCUCGGUAACACGAAAAUUGUGGAGCAGACUACUCAUAUGCGCUGCGGCGCCGGGUUUGACCCUCUCACCGUAGACGGCCACGAGGACAUCGACGGACGAGUGGUGGCGCGAGCAAGGCUCGAGGAGAAGCCUCCCGGGUCUGGCCAUGCGAUCCUCGUCGCCGGACAGCACGUCACUCGGAUCGAGCCCCACGAGCCCUACGACGCCGUCAGCUACGGCACCGUCGUGCACGAAACAAAAUUGCCGGGAGGUGAGACCACCUACUACGUCGCCUGGCCCGACAUAACUGGUGUUCGUCAGGAAAUGAUGGGCGAGAAUGGUUGCCGCGUCGUCACGAAGCGGCCGUCUUGGGAGCCCAGACCAGCCUGGUCGCCGGCGCAGCAGAAGGAGAUAGAAAAGCAUGCAAGGCGGGUGGCCCGCCAGGACGAGGUCGCCGACCUGCUCUUCGAGGUGAGCCUCCUCCGUUACUUCGACGUCUUCACGCGACCCGAGAACGAGAUUGACGUGGUCGCGAUGCCGGCGCUCACGCGCAAGGAGUGGGCCGACCUAGGCGUACCGCUCGGGGAUGAGGUGCGCAUCAAGCAGGCCCACAGGUACCGGUACCCGGAGAUGUGGGCGUGCGAAGCGCGGUGACCCGACGGACGAAUCCUAACCUAUCCCUCAUCCGAGUCUAUAAAUUAGAGCACCAAGUAACAACGUGAUUGAAACAUGAACUAAAUUAUCCAUAAAACGAGAGAGA